AAGACGCGAAGACCGCUGCCGUGACGCUUCAGCCGCUUCCCUCCUUCCCUUCCAACGCUCGCCUCCCUUUCCCCGGCGGCGCCGCGGCGCUCCGGUGGGAGUCCGAAGACCUCCAGAGCUCACGUAUCGACCACCGGAGGAGCUCGGAGAGGCAGGGCGGGGAUGGGCCAGGGACUGAGCUGCGCCAGCUCGAGCUACGACCAUGACUUCUUCACCGCAGUCCAAGCCGGCGACUUGCAGGCGGUGGACUCCUACCUGAAGGACGACCCGUCACUGCUUCUCCGGACCACCAUCUACGACCGCCUCUCCGCGCUCCACAUCGCCGCCGCCAAUGGCCGCGUUGAGGUUUUGUCUAUGAUCUUGGAUCGAUCUGUUAGCCCCGAUGUCUUGAAUCGAGAUAAACAGACCCCAUUGAUGCUGGCCGCGAUGCAUGGAAAGAUCGAGUGCGUGCAGAAGCUACUCGAUUCCGGAGCAAAUAUCUUGAUGUUCGAUUCGGUAAAUGGAAGAACUUGCCUCCAUCAUGCUGCUUAUUAUGGUCAUUCCGAUUGUCUGCGAGCAAUUCUGUCGGCUGCCAAAUCCACACAUGUUGCAAGUUCUUGGGGAUUUGCCCGGUUUGUAAACGUGAGUGAUGGCACCGGAGCGACGCCGUUGCACCUCGCGGCGAGGCAAAAAAGGCCCAGCUGCGUCCAUAUUCUGGUAGACAAUGGCGCUCUCGUCUGUGCUUCGACUGGCCGAUAUGGCUUUCCUGGGAGCACCCCUCUGCACUUGGCAGCUCGGGGGGGAAGCUUGGAUUGCAUCAGGGAGUUGCUUGCACGCGGUGCUGAUCGGCUUCAACGGGAUUCAUCUGGGAGAAUGCCGUAUGAGGUUGCACUGAAGCAGAAUCAUGGAGAAUGUGCAGCUCUAUUGAACCCAUCUGCAGCAGAGCCUCUGGUUUGGCCUUCUGCACUGAAGUUCAUCAGUGAACUUGAUUCAGAGACGAAGGCUCUGCUGGAGGCAGCUCUGAUGGAGGGUAACAGGGAAAGGGAAAUGAAGAUCUUGAAAGGAACUACAGAUUCGUUGACAUCUCCUGCACAUUCAGAUAAAGCAUUUGAUGAUGAUGUUUCUGAGGGGAGUGAUGCAGAGUUCUGUUCCAUCUGCUUCGACCGGGUUUGCACCAUCGAGGUCCAAGACUGCCGGCAUCAGAUGUGUGCCCAAUGCACACUGGCCGUGUGCUGCCACAGCAAGCCAAACCCCACAACCUUGUUCUUGCCUUCACCGGCCUGCCCCUUCUGCCGCAGCAGCAUAUCUCGGCUGGUAACCACCAAGGCCAGGGACACCGGAGACCAGAACACCACCUCAAAGCCAAGGAGGUUCCGGCAUUGCAGCAGCGAGGGCAGUAGUAGCUUCAAAGGUCUGUCUUCAGCUGUGGGAUCAUUUGGACUGAUGGGCUGUGGCUCAGGUAGAAUAACUGAUAGCAGUGACAUGGUAGACAAGCUGUAGAACAUACAGUGCAGUUCAUAUGGCUACUGGCCACAACCAGGAAUGCUAAACAAAAAUAAGGUUUUGGGUAUCAAA